GGUCUGGGACGUAGACUUGGUUUCGUCAGCUCAUUCCCUUGCCACGACUAAACCUCAAACGCUCGGCCCCAAGCUGCAAGGCGCAACCAUUCUGUGUGAGGCAUUAGCGACUUCAGAGAAGAAGGCGCUAGGCUACCUCCAAGUUGUCACCUAUAAGCAUGCGAUCCUGGGUCUCGCCGGCUUGGACCGAGCUGCUAGUCAAUUCGAUACAGGCACGAGAAUCGGACGCAUUUCACCCUGCCAUCUGCCUACUCUCGCCAACAUCCGGGCCCACGUUUGAUCACUACACACGAAAAUUGUCCGAAAAGCACACGCUUCUUGCUCCCCUCAAGUCUUUCCGACAAUGCUUCAUGAGUUACCGGACGAGAUACUCUGGCGAGUCCUGCAGACGCCGAUGCACCUCCAAGUCACUUGCACAGUUACAUGACGCUCCCCAUGGCCACAGCGAGAUCUGUGUGACCUGGCUUUGUCCCGAUUUGUACGCCUUGUGGGAGCGCGGGAUGCUCGCACCUCCCCUCAGAAAGAAGUGUCAGAGUCUCGUUCCGCUCUCACAGACGUGUCGAAAGUGGCGCGCGUUUAUUGAGCCGCUGCUCUGGCAUACCGUCGACAUUGCGUGGAUGAGAGACUUGCGCGAUUUGGCGUCUCUAAUAUCUGUGCAAAACAGCGAUGAAGGCGGUCGUCCAAGGAAUCACACGCGAACACUCACUUUUUCAUGGACCACGCCUUGGGACACCGCCGACUCGCAAUGGCAAUGCAAUGGAUGCGUAUCAAAUUCUUUCGCGGAUCGCAAAGCAGCUCAGUCUGUUGAAGAAAGAAGAGAACUGUACGCAGCGUACGGCACGAAGUACUCCAAGACUUGGCCCAAUCCUCCAUUUCUUGCCGCUCAUCCUCGCGAGUGGUCAGUCGGCCCCGACUACGAUGGGCUGAUGAGUGAUUUGCCGAAUGUCGCGGCGGCAGAAGCAGCGCUGGUCCGGGUCAUCUUGGCGAUGCCAAAUUUGGAAUGCGUCGCUUGGUCCGCAGCGAGUUGGCCAAUGCCGGCCUCGGUUGCCAAAGCGGUCCGCACCUGCAGACAGAUGAAAUAUCUGCGUGUACAGGACGAGGAUGGUGCUUGCGAGCACUACACAAGUGCUGCUUGGCUGGCCGCGGCACCGAGCCUAAUGACCCUCUCGCUCAUCGACCGGUCGAUUCAUAAAUCACGGUUCAACACGGACUGGUUGUGCAAGGAUCCCCAAAAGACAUAUGGCGUUGCAGUGUCUACUCAGCUGCCGCACGCAAGUCCACUUCCUCGACCACUCCACUUGACCCGUAGAGCAUUGUCAGCACUUCUUUGUGCACAGGUGAAAACGAUUUUGGAGUGCAUGGCUGUCUCGCAGAAUCUCAAGACUCUCGAGAUUUCAAGCCCAGUGUUGUUGUACAUUCCUGCGAUGCUCCCGGUUUGGAUGGCACUAGACCUUAGGCCCCAGUAUAUCGGUCAUGAGGGAGAGUACGACACGUCGAAAAGACUGCCCUUCUCUGAAACGUCACGAGCGGUGGAAGGUUUAGAUGUCCUGCGCAAAGCCGUUCUACCAUCGCUGGGUUGGCAAGCAGACCGGCACUGGCAAGAAGAGUCUACAGACACCGAAAACCUGCUUCGUAUACACGAGCUCGCGCGAGAACAUGCAGCUUCUGUGACACAAUCGGUGCGAGAUAUUUACCGAAAAAUUGCAUCUUCUGGUCUAGAAGACCGAUCUGCGUCCCUAAAGAGAUGGUUUGGCUUCGACGAGGCAGUCCUAAGCGCAGGCACGACGGUAGACGACUUGCCUGGACCGCCUGCCUGCAGCGAAGGUCUCGAAGAGGAGCAGGAAGUUGGGCCACUUCAGCAGGUGUACCGAACACCAGCGGAGACACUUUCAGAAGGGCACACCGAUGCAUCUUUAGAGUCAGACAUCCACGAUGAAGAAGACGAGGCGACAAGGAAAGCUACGGAAGAACAACCUGUACCUCCCUUUGCCGUCUGGCUCGCCGAGGAUGAAAGCAUGCGCAGACACGUCCUUGCCGCUCUGCGCCGAUAUUGUAGCACCCAAGAAGAACCCACAGUAUCUUUCACAGGACAGAACGCGUCUUGACCGCACGAAACAUUUGCCGUCGUAAUUGGCCGCGCAAGGGAAUGCUCUCAGGAGCUGCGCGGCAUAGGCAAAGCGUCUCUCGCAGGCACGACGAAUCUUGAACAUUCAUUGGAUUGUCUUGGUUGACACAAUGGCUCCCAUGGAUCAAUUUUGCUCGACUUCAGGAACUA